GUCACGACGUAUAACUGACAGUGGUGACGCCUUGACAUUAAAAAACUGCCAUUAAAAUGAGCGCAGAUGAUUAUUGUGUUCGCUCAUAAACACCCGCGCAGUCCCACCCGCUCUAAUAUUAGUGGCGCACGGACACAACAGAGAGGAUCAUUCUGAUUUGCGUCGCAACUGUCCGGUCCAGUCAGGGUUUUUUUCUCUACGUGCGGCGGGUUUCGAUGCGUCUUGCCUUCCCUUCCUGCAACUGAACCGGCGGAUACUCAGAGAAGGCACCCAGAGCCGCUAUCUGAACCUGAACUCCAGCGGCUGGUGUUGAGAGGGGACCCUGCGGAUGUUGAGCUCCACACUUGGAAUAGGACAAAUGUUUAGCAUGUAAAUCAAACCUCCUGGAGGUUUUUGGACAGUUCAGUCUCUUUUUCACACUUGCAAGCACAAUGUCAAGCAGAAGGAAGUCCACAACCCCCUGCAUGGUGCUUCAGUCAGAUGGUGUAGAGCAGGAUCCAGAUAUGGAGGCCCUGGAAGGGAAUGUAGGAGCCGAGAGUAUGGCAGAUGGUCCUACAGAGGGAGCAGUGGUUCCCAUGGAAACAGAGACAGAAUAUGAGGGGUGCCAUUUCUCAAGCGAGGAUUGUUGUUCUUCUGGAAAACGCUCGGGUCAAUCAUCGCUAGAGCAGCCCAUCUCUGAUCUGACUGCUGAGGGUGGUUUUUUGCAGACAGAGAUUGAAGACAGUGAUGACCCCUCUGUUUCUGGCAUCUCUCUCAGCAAGACUCCCAUAAUGAAAAUGAAAAGCAAGUCUGAACCCAAGAGAAUAGCUAUGUCUCUUAAAGGCACAAGUGAAAGUGAGACAGUGGCUGAAAGUGAGAUGGAACUGGAGCCGUUAGAAGCAUCGGUUAUGGGCACGCCCAUGGCAGGAGAGCUGCUGAGCCCAUUGCUCGCAGAUUCUGCAAAGCCCAGUGUUCUUGUCAACAUUUCGAACCCUGUGGUUGCAGAUCAGAAGAAGCUGGUGAUGAACUCUGCAACGGUUCUUCCGGCUGGUCUGGCCCAGGUUCUUUCUGCCUUGCAGGCCCAGCAGAGUGCUCAAGCGCAACUUCUAAUACCUGUGAGCAGUAUUCCCACCUACAAUGCUGCCAUGGAUACCAAUGCAGUCCUGGUCAACACUUACAAGAAGUUCCCAUACCCGUCAGUGUCUGAGAUCAUGGGACUUGCGGCCCAGACCAAGUUCAGUGAGGAGCAGAUCAAGAUCUGGUUUUCUGCUCAGCGGUUGAAGCAUGGUGUUAGCUGGACCCCAGAGGAGGUUGAGGAAGCCAGGAGAAAGCAGUUUAAUGGCACAGUUCACACAGUGCCCCAGACCAUCACAGUCAUCCCGGCUCAUCAUCUCUCAGCCACCAAUGGCCUGCAGUCCAUUCUUCAGACCUGUCAGAUUGUGGGGCAGCCAGGUUUGGUUUUGACCCAGGUUGGCACAGCAAACAGCCUCCCAGUUACCACGCCAAUAACGCUGACUGUAGCAGGAAUGCCCAUUCAGAGCCAGACGCCCAAGAUCGCAACCAAUCAGACAAGCCCGCUUAGUGAAACUAAAAGAGCGACUACAGUUCAGCCCCCAUCUUUGACCCCUCAGGAAAACUCUGCUCUCAGUGCUGACCACUUUGGCCUGCGGCCUAAGAAAUCCAAGGAACAACUGGCCGAAUUGAAAGCAAGUUAUCUGAAGAAUCAGUUUGCCAGUGAUGCUGAGAUAGCUAGACUGAUGAAUUUAACCAACCUCACUAAAGGAGAAAUCAAAAAGUGGUUUAGUGACACCCGAUACAACCAGCGCAAUUCUAAGAACAGCCAUGUCUUUAUCUCUAAUGACAAUCCCAGAAGCAAUAGCAGUGCCACCAUUAUUAUCGAUUCCAGCGACGAAACACCUCAGUCUCCAAUGCCAUCACCUGUCAAAGAGAAGGAGACACGCUCCAAGACCUGGAACCCAUUCCCAGACUUUACGCUGCAGAAAUUUAAAGAAAAGACCCCAGAGCAGUUGGUCGUCUUGGAGGAAAGUUUUCAAAAAUGCGAUACACCAACUGAUGAAGAGCUCAGUCGACUGAGGGCUGUGACAAAGCUCACCAGACGAGAGAUCGAUGCCUGGUUUACUGAAAAGAGAAAAACCCCGGCAGCAGAGACCUCUGAGUCGAAAGCAGAUGGUGAAACAUCUCAGAAGAAGGGCAGCCAAACUCCUCCUGGGGUUAAAAGGAUGAGCAAAGAAAAGGCUAGUAAGAAAACACCAGAACAGCUACACGUUCUGAAGACUGCAUUUGUUCGCACCCAGUGGCCCUCCACAGAAGAAUACGACCAGCUGGCUGAGGAGAGUAAACUGCCUCGCUCCUACAUUGUCAACUGGUUUGGCGACACACGCUAUGCCUGGAAGAACGGCAACCUAAAGUGGUAUUUUUACUAUCAAAGUGGAAACGUGAAUGGCAGCAGAAACCGAAAACGAAGGAUUCGCAAUCGCGGUUGGGGGAGAACACGUACUAGAAAACCGAAGAAGCAUACAGAAUCAGAGAAGGCAUUACCGAUAAAGUUCAAGUCUGGGAGAGAAAUUCUGAAGGAAUACUACUUGAAGCACAAAUUCCUGAACGAACAGGACUUGGAUGAACUGGUUGCCAAGACUAACAUGAGCUACGAGCAAGUGAGAGAGUGGUUUGCGGAGAUUCAUCGGAAGGAGGAAAUGGGUACCAACCCUUUUGAAGAUAAAACGGGAAAUAAAGAACAAGAUGAGGAAGAGGAUGAAUUACAGGGCGAAAAUGAGACGACAAUUGAGGAGCAAGGACCUUCUGCAAUGGGAGAUGGUGAUGACGAUGAUGAUGAUGAUGAUGAAGACACAGAUGACAGUGAUACAUGGGAGCCUCCGCAGAGUGUUCAGAAAACGUUGGCCACGUCCGAGGAUCUGUCUCUUUGAAUGUUUUUAUUGUGCAAGCUGGAAACUUCCAUUGCCUUCACCAUAUACUGACGAUGGAUAUUUGAGGUACAGGACAGUGCAUCCAACAGGAAGCUGAAUAUAGAUUUUUACAUACAAUACAGAGCUGUAGCCUUUUGUUCCUUUUCACUGCCAUAAUGUGGGACAUCUUCACACAAUAAUGGCUUGAAAUAAUACAUGAAGAAAAUUAUUUUGUGGAAAUGUCAGUGCUUGUGAUAAAUAGGAGAUUGUGACUAUUUUACAGCUAACACGCUUUUCAACUGGACUGUUCAAGUAUUUUCUAAUAUUCAAUGGGAACAUGGAAAAUUGUAAACGUUUUUGCUAUUUGCUGUUCAUGGAAAUUAAUUUUAAAGCAAGCUCUGUGUCUUUUUGUGGUUUUUUUUUUUCUUUUUUUUUUCUGAGCUGUCAAAGAUGGUCAUGUUUUUUUUGCUUCUUUUGAGGGAUUUUUUUGUUUUUUAAACAUCAAAGAACCAUUGAUAAAUAAUUACCCUGUGGGAAGAUAUAAUUGGGCUUUUUUGUUAUAAUAAUGCUUGUGCAUGAAUGCAGAGCACUAUAACAGGUACUUAAAAAGGACCCCUGUGUAAGACAUUCAAUGUCUUCAUUAUAUUUGCAUGCGUCAGACAUUGAGAAUAAUGAUGAAAAAGUGUAUUUGAAUUUGUACAUAUACCUUUGCGCUCUACAAGUAGGUCUACAAAAGCGUUUUAUAAUCUUGUAUUUACGGUGAUUAUGAGUUUCACUUUUAAACAAGUGGGUUGCUUGUAAUGCGAUCAUUCAGACAAUUAUUUUGCGGUUUUGUUUUUGUUUUUUUUUCAGACUGAUAUUUACGGAUUUUUAAAAGCUGCUCUUUCUUUCUACAUAUUUUUGACUUGCUUGCAACCCUGAACUUAUUCCCUAUGAAUACUGUAGUAUAUUAUAGGCAAGAGGUCAAAGGUGCCUCGGUGAACAUGGUAAGUACUGUUUGAACAAAAUAGCACACACAAACUUGGCAACAUGCAUCCUCUCCACUGUUAAUAACCGCUCAUUUCCUGUUUUCUAUAGUUUGAGAACCUGCUACUGGGAUCUUGCUUUAACUGAAUGCAUUUAAGUGCAGAAUCAAAUCACAGUUGAAUUUCUGUCACUAAUAGUGUUAAACUGGCAGUGUAUUUCUAAAAGGUUAUGAAAGUAGUCUGGCUGUUACUAGGCUCUGUAAAACAGAUUUUUUACAUGCACAAAUAAUAAUACAGAUCUGGAACCAUCAUGGAUUGUGAUUUGAAACUCAUGACGAACCUUAAAAACUGAAGACGCCCUGCUGUGGUGGCAAAAGCUUUAUUUCCCAUAGCCAUAGAUCUUGUGCAAUGCUUUUAAUUUAAUUGAACUGUUUUAAUAGGCUUUUGCUUGUUUUAGACUAAAUAUAUAUUUUCUACUUGUUUGAGGACAAAACAAUAAAUUUGGAUGAUA